AUGGCUACUGACAAGGGCGCGAAGAACGCUCUCAAUCUUGGCGACUUGACCAAUAAUGACCUUCGUCUCGUUGCCAUUGCUUGGAACUGCCUAGAGGACAGCAAGGCAAGUAAUUCCACCUUUUCUCCCUCCCGGAAGCUUUGGCACAAGAUGGACCGAACGUUGCGUCGGCCAUCCAAUCCAUUACUCAGUAUCGACCUGGACAAGUUCACUGCGGCAACCGGCUACGCCAACCCGACCAGUGCCCGAGUUUGCUUCAACGCAACCAAGCGCAAGCUCACCACCUUCUUCAACACCAUCAGCAAUGCGGGCGAUGCAACCAUUGCUCCCUCUCCCAAGCGCAAGGGCGCCGACAACACCGCUGAUAACUCUGUACCCGCUGCCAAAAAGGGAAGAACUACGAAGAAGUCGCGCGCCAAGGCUAAGAAUGUCAAGAACGAGGAUGCCGAUGUUCAGGAAGAGGCCGACGUUCUGGAGGAUGGCGAGAUCUAG